AUGAAGCCGGUGGAAUCCAAAGAUCUCGAAAGCCUUAUGCAGCUCAACUCGAUUCUCAUCUUCAACAUUGACUGCUGGGGCGCAAGCUACCUUCGCAACAUCCUUUCUCAUGGGCCCAAGCACAUCACCACGAAGCAAGGCAACAAAACCCUUCCGACUGAACUAUGGCUGGAAAUCUUGGGUCUGACAGAAAUCUGUAUCAGCGAGACCACCUACAAGCUAGUCUACGGUAUCGAAAUAACUCACAAGUCUACGAACGGUAGCAGGAUCGAGCCUAUUCUGAUCUGCAAUGUUCUUGAAGAGAGGAAGGAAUGUGGAAAGCUCAGGGGUGGUGAUCACGUUGAGGCUUAUAAAAAAUGUCUCAAGGAUCCCUCGUACGAGAUUAACCCUGAGAAAGACAGAGUGGAAGAAGAUAUGGAACCCUUCUUCAGAAUCACCAAGACUGUCCAGGAAAAUGCAUACUAG